CGUGUUUGCGGGCCUCUUUCUCCUCCGCCAUCCUCACCGGCGGCGGGCGCGGGAGGCCCCGGAGGGGGAGUGGGGCGCCCCCGGGGACACCUGCCCGACCCCCGGCCCCACGGAGGGGCGUUGCCCUUUCCGGCGCCGCGGAUCCUCCAGCCGGGGCGAAGCCGUGAGCUCCUUGGGCCGGGGUCCUUGCUGCAGUGAGAGGGGCUCCCAGGGUGUCUCGUCUCGCUUGUGAAGCAAAACCUAGCGCGGGCUCUAUGGAAGAAAUAAGGUCGGCAAUAAGAAUUUUCUUCGCAGACUUGCAGCAUGACCCUGGAACUUGGCCUAGCCUGGGUUGCCGCCUUUGCAAGCGAGGCAGGUCGGUGCAGUGUCAGCCACCACCCGGCAUGGGAUUUCCAGAGAGGUCUUAUUUCAGAACUUUGUAAGGAACGAGAACCACGUGGACUUCUGCGAGGGAGACUGAGCUGGCCUGAGCUUGAGGGAGAGGAUCAUGGGGACCCAGCCUGUAGCUGACACUGAGGAGGCCAAGUGGCAGAAGGUCCUGUACGAGCGACAGCCGUUUCCCGAUAACUACGUGGACCGGCGUUUCCUGGAAGAGCUCCGGAAAAACAUCCACGCCCGGAAGUACCAGUACUGGGCCGUGGUGUUCGAGUCGAGCGUGGUGAUACAGCAGCUGUGCAGCGUCUGUGUGUUUGUGGUCAUCUGGUGGUAUAUGGAUGAGGGCCUUCUGGCCCCCCAGUGGCUCUUUGGGACCGGCCUGGCCUCUUCACUGAUUGGCUAUGUUUUGUUCGAUCUCAUUGACGGAGGUGAAGGACGGAAGAAGAGUGGGCGGACCCGGUGGGCUGACUUGAAGAGCGCCCUGGUUUUCGUUACUUUCACCUACGGUUUUUCCCCAGUGCUGAAGACCCUGACGGAGUCUGUCAGCACUGACACCAUCUAUGCCAUGUCAGUCUUCAUGCUUUUGGGCCACCUCAUUUUCUUCGACUAUGGCGCCAAUGCUGCCAUUGUAUCCAGCACGCUGUCCUUGAACAUGGCCAUCUUUGCUUCUGUCUGCCUUGCCUCGCGCCUGCCCCGUUCCCUGCAUGCCUUCAUCAUGGUGACUUUUGCCAUCCAGAUUUUUGCCCUGUGGCCCAUGUUGCAGAAGAAACUGAAGGCAUGUACUCCCCGUAGCUAUGUGGGUGUCACGCUGCUUUUUGCAUUUUCAGCCUUGGGAGGCCUGCUGUCCAUUAGUGCUGUGGGAGCCAUCCUCUUUGCCCUUCUGCUGUUUUCCAUCUCUUGUCUCUGCCCUUUCUACCUCAUUCGCCUGCAGCUUUUUAAAGAAAACAUUCAUGGGCCUUGGGAUGAGGCUGAAAUCAAAGAAGAUUUGUCCAGGUUUCUCAGCUGAGUUAGGGACUUCCAUUCGGUUCUUAAGGGAAGCUGAUAGACUAAUCUCCCGGCUCAUACAAGAUUUGAAGUUAGAAUCCCAUUCUGGAAGCAACAUACUAUUGUGGGUAGGGGAACAGAGAUCAAAAGAAAAAGCUAACCAAGGGCGUGAGUGGUGAAGGUGUUUUUCUUUCUGUUACUCUGUGGAUGAAAAAGCUUUCUGGGACCCUCUUGAAUUACUGCCUCAUUAUUGCUGUAACAAAGGAAGUGAUGUGGUUUCUAUUAAAAAAAUAACAACACAUCCA